GGGCCAUGGCAGAGCGGGUGCUGGUGAUCGGCAGCGGCGGCAGGGAACACGCCCUGGCCUGGAAGUUGGCCCAGUCCCCUCAUGUCAAACACGUGUUUGUGGCUCCAGGAAAUGCAGGCACAGCUGACAGUGGAAAAAUCUCCAAUUCAGCUGUAUUAGUGAGCAAUCACACUAUUGUUACCCAGUUCUGCAAAGAUCAUAACAUUGGGCUUGUGUUAGUUGGCCCAGAAGCUCUUUUGGAGGCAGGGAUUGUGGAUGACCUGAGGGCAGCAGGAGUUGGCUGCUUUGGGCCCUGUGCCAGGGCAGCCCAGCUGGCAUCCAACAGCAGCUCCAGCAGAGCCUUCCUGGAGCGGCACGGGCUGCCCACGGCGCGCUGGAGAGCCUUCAGCAGCCCCCAGGAAGCCUGCAGGUUCAUCACCAGCACAGAUUUCCCUGCACGGGUGGUGAGGGCACGGGGCCCAGCAGCCAGGAAAGAAGUGACCAUUGCAGCCAGCAAGGAGGAGGCCUGCAGAGCUGUCCAGGACAUCAUGCAGGAUAGAAUGUUUGGAGAGAUGGUUGUUAUUGAAGAACUGCUUCAAGGGGAAGAACUUUCUUGCUCCUGUUUCACCGACGGUGUCACCGUGGCCCCCGUGCCCCCCCAGCCCCACAAGCGGCUGCUGGAGGGGGAGCAGGGUCCCCCCACGGCAGGGAUGGGAGCCUAUUGCCCCGUGCCUCAGGUGCCAGAGGCUCUUCUAGAGCAAAUCAGGGCUGCAAUCCUCCAGCACAUCGUGGACAGCUUGAGACAAGAAGGGGCAGCCUAUGUAGGUGUGCUGCAAGCAGGUUUGAUGCUGACCAAAGAGGGGGUGAAGAUCUUAAACUUUAAAUGCCAGUUUGGGGAUCCUCAGUGUCAGGCAAUUCUCCCUCUGCUUAAAAAUGUUUAUGAAGUGAUUCAAGCAGCAAUUGAUGGCAAACUCUGCAGCUGCAUGCCAGCCUGGUCAGAGAACAGAACUGCUGUGUGUGUGGUCAUGGCCAGCCCAGGAUACCCAGGAGACUCUGACAAAGGCAUGGAGGUAACAGGGCUCCUGCAAGCCGAGGCCCUGGGGCUGCAGGUGUUCCACGGGGGCAGCCUGAAGGAUGGCAGGGUGGUGACCAGUGGUGGCAGAGUCCUGUCCAUCACUGCUGUCAGGCAGGACCUGGUGGAAGCCCUGGGAGAAGCCAGCAGGGGUGUGGCCACCAUCCACUUCCAGGGGGCCACCUUCAGGAGGGACAUCGGGCACCGGGCUUUUGUCAAUAGUCUUCCACCACCUUUACUAUACUUCCAGGUACUGGAAGGUCAUGAUUAG